AUGCUAAUAGAAAAAAAAGAGAGUUUAUUCAAGUGUCAUUACCCAAUCGUGAAUGAAUUCCCUUUAGACAAUAUGUAUUUUUCCAAUUCACAUUCCCAAUCAGAAGAAUGCGUUUUAUUAGAAAAUGACUAUAUGAAUCAAGAUUAUCAUGUAAAUAAUGGGACAAAUAGUAUUAAUACAAACCUCAAUGGAAACAUUAUUAAUGUGAAUGAAUAUUUUCAAAAUAUUAGAAAGAAACGUAAUAAAAGAAAAAAAUAUUUCAAUGUGACUACUGAUUAUGUACCCAUGAAUUCUGAUAGUAGUGAAACGGUGAAUAAUACAAUUCAAAACAACGAAAUUACAAUUACUUGUGAAGGAAUUGAAGUACCUGAAAUUAUUAACACUGGUCUAAUAGGAAAAUAUUUUCCAUUCGGUUUCUGUUAUGAAUUUAAAAAACUUGUUCAAUUGGCUAUACCAAUUACCAUGACAUCUUUGGUAGCCUUUUUAUCUGGCCCUAUGGGUCUUAUAUUCUGUGGUCAACUUGGAAAAACUGCACUUGCUACUGUCGGUUUAGCAAAUUCUGUAUUCAAUGUCGCUGGCUUAGCUGUUAUAACUGGUCUAUUAACGGCAGUUGACACCUUAUUUUCACAGAUAUUUGGCAGUUCAAAUAAAGGAUUAAUGGGCGUUCAUUUACAACGUGCUAUUGUAAUCUCAUUUAUAAUGUGUAUGCCUUGUUGGUCAUUAUAUUUAUGCAUUGAACCUAUACUAUUGGGAUUGAAACAAAAUCCUUUAAUGGCUAAGAAAGCUUCUGAAUAUUUAUUAUUUAUGAUACCAGGAUUGUAUUUUGCUGCAAUAGGUCAGAUUUUAACAAAAUACGUUCAAACUCAAAAUCGUGUAUAUAUUCCUUUGGCAAUCGGGAUUCUAACAAAUUGUUUCAAUGCAUCUCUGCAUUAUAUUCUUCUAUUUGUUUUCAAAAUUGGAAUAAUAGGUUCAGCUAUUUCUCAAUCAUCAGCUUAUUUAUUUCAAUGUGUUUGCUAUCUACCAUAUAUUCUGAUGUUGCAGCAAUCAGGACUAACAUGGAAAGGUUGGACAAAUGAACUAUGGCUUGACUGGGGAAGAUGGUUCAAAUUAGCUAUGCCAGGUGUUCUCAUGAUUACCUUGGAAUGGGUCAUUUUUGAAAUGGGCAGCAUAGUUUCAGGUACACUUGGUGAAAGAGAAUUAGCUACCCAAACAAUUCUUUUCAACAUUGAAUCAAUGUGCUUUACACUGUUACCACUUGGAUUCGGUAUAGCAUCAAGCAUACGUGUUGGUCAAUUUCUUGGUGCUCGCUCUUCAAUCGGACCACGGUCAGUUGUUUCUACAGCUCUUGUAACACUAUGGACAGCUUCUAUUGCCUUUAUUCUAGCUUUGUCCUUAUUGAGAUGGAAAAUUCCAAUGAUUUUCACUUCUGAUCAAGAUGUCAUUGAACUAUCCGCUAAACUAUUGCCAUUGAUUGCUACAUUUCAAAUAUUUGAUGGAACUGUGGGUGUUUGCGGGGGUGCCAUUCGUGGAGCUGGACUACAACUGUUCGGUGCAAUUGUUUGUUUUAUAAGCUUAUAUGUAAUAGGUUCCCCAAUCAGUUUUAGCCUUGUUUACGCUGGUGGUUACGGUUUGGAAGGUAAUUGAGUGUAUUUUUUGCUUUUUAGUUUGUAAAUUGAGAUAGUUAGACUGGUAGUUCAGCUUACAAAUAAAACCACACAAGUUAUUCAAUAUUUAACAUUGUUUUAUUAAAAUCCUGUCUUUGCGUUUGCAAAAAAAAACAGUUGUAGUUUCUUGGAAAAUCCUCUAAAAAAGAAUACUUAAGUCUCUUCAAUGUCACCAUAAGUGAACACAGAAAGAAAGGGUAAAUGAUAUGGGCAAAUUUAAUUUCUGGAACUAACAUAGUGUUAUACAUAAACAACUGAUCGUUCCACUGUGUUAAAGUGAACCAGUAAGCAGAUAGUUAGAGAGUAAACUUAUGUAAAUUGUACUCACUUCCAACGACUCUGCAUAUCAUUCACUGGAUCCAUUACUGUGUGGAACAAAAUAAAUUUUUGACCAACUCAAGUAAUUUCUAUUUAACAAAGAUUUUAUUGUCUGUGACUAUUUUUGUACCACUUGUGAGGUUUGAACGAAUUAAACACUUUAGUUGAUUUGACCAUCUAUUUAAUCGAACUCCAGAAAUUUAUGCUUAUUCUCAUAGUCCACGUUAUGUACUAGUAAAGGAAUAACACAACUAGCCAGAAGUAAUUUAUUCAUACGCCAAGUGAGAUGUCGAUAUAAAAACUCUCCAAAUGUGCACAUCGGGCGUAAAAUCAAUUACUUUCUUAAAAUGUUAAGACUCUUUCUUAACUGAAUUCAUCUAUUAACAAUAGGUUUAUGGGCUGGUAUGACAAUUGGAACCAUUUUCGAAGGUGUUAUUUAUCUUAUAACAUGUCAGCACAUUAAUUGGGAGAAACAGGUUCAGCUAGUAAGUAAAUCUAUUAUUAAUUUAAAAUCACUUUAUUUUGUCUUUGUAAUUACUGGACGUUUGUCGACAAAACCAAACACGCUUUUAAAGAGGAUUUUAGGAAUUAACUAUUUUGAAGACCUUUUUAUAUAAUAGAUCAGCGUCACGAUGGCAAACACUUGUAAUAAAGCCCUCUGUCAUAUCCUGAAACUUAUCUGUAGUUCAUUUCACACUCAAAAUCGAAAAGCCGUAAAUUGAGGCCUUGAUGACCAGCUAUAAUCUGGGAGAGUUAUGAGGUUGAGUUUGAGCAUAUACUUGCAUUUGAUCACAAGAAAAUGUAUUUGACCGAUGGAAGUCAAACACUGUAUUCUGGAAACAUCCAUAGAUCAGCACUUUUUAAAAAGUCUUGACAUUAAAAUUAAGAAUCGUUUAUUUAUUUGUUUGUCAUGUGAUAAUGAACUGCAAUGUCAUGAAUUUUCAGAUAUAAGAUUUCUGUCAGGCAAACAAAAAACUCAAUUGGGUAAAAAAUUAACGGUCCUCUGUAUUUGGUUAAAACAUAUAUACACUUUUCUUUCUUUGCUGUGAGCUAUAUAAAUCUGUAUAGUGGGGUUUGCGUAGAUUAUAGAAUUCAAAUAAUGACAGACCACGGAUCGAGUUUAGCUAAACCAUCAUUGGAAACUUGGAAGCACUGGACAGUUGUCUUGUUCUGGUAUAGAACUUCUCAGUAGUGAGCAUCCAGGAAUCUACCACUGAAAAUCAAAUUCAGGAACUUCAGUCUGGUGCAAACCGUAAUCUCGUAAUUUCAACUAGCCAUUCUGUAUUGUAUUCCAAUAUAUAACUCACUUCAACUUAAUCACAAAAUCUAUUUUUAUUUCCUAAUUGUUUUUUUCGAAAUUCAGGCUAUUGAAAGAACCGAACAAUUAAUACUAGAUGAUGACCAACUGCAAGAAGGAAAUACAAACCAAUUGACUGGAGAAGUUCAACAUUCAAAAAAUAUCAAGUCCUCAUCGAUUAAAGAUGAAUGUGUAAAUGAUGAGGAACAAAUCGAUGUUCAAAAUGAUAAUUCAUUUCAUGAAAGUGUAACAGAAGCAGGAGCAAGCUUGGUAGAUGACUACAAUCCCCCAGCCAAUGAAUUUAGAUCAAAUUCACAAAAGAUACUUUCGAUUCAAUUAGAAAAGGUCAUCGUGUCACGUACUAUAUUAAUUCUAUUAAUGCUAUUUCUACUAAGUUUAGCCAUAAUUAUGAGAGUACUUAAACCAUGGUCAAAAACGUUUGGUGCAUACUGUACAUUUUCUAACGGAACAUUCAUCUCAUUAAAGGAUCGUAAUAUAUUUCUUCGAAAUUCAACAGAAACAAUUUUAGAUGCUGACAAUAUUUUAUUAAAAUCUUACGACCUAAACUGUACAAUAUCUAUCCCCUAGAUAUUUCUUCCAUUAUUUUUAAAGAUGUACAUAUAAAUCAGUAACGUGUAUCACGAAAACCAUUCAUCCUUUUUAAUUUACAUAUUACUAGUAAAUUUGAAGCAUAACAAAUAAUAAUCUCAUUCUUCAUGAAA